AUAGCGCUACGGUGCUUUGAUAUUUUGUUUUUUGAUUCGGCCUCCAGAGCGGCAGAAUAUUUUCUUUUUUUUUUGCAGAAAAAAGCCAAUUGCAAGUAUUAGCCAAGUGUUAGCAAAUAAGAUUGCUAAAUUUGUACCUGCACAUUGCCAGCCAUCCAAUUGCCGCUCGUCUCCCCAGCCUGCGGCAAGCGACAGAAGCUAGAAAGAGAAAAGUGAAGAAGUCCCUUGGCAUUUUGUUAAAAAGCUAAUAUUCGCGAUGGCUGCACAACCUAGCCCCCUCAUGAAUCCCCAGCAGCAACAGCAGCUUAGCGAGCAGGAGAAGGUGUACCAAUGGAUCAACGAGCUGGCACAUCCAGACACGCGCGAGAAUGCUCUGCUGGAGCUGAGCAAGAAACGUGAGACCGACUUGGCCCCCUUGCUGUGGAGCAGCUUCGGAACGGCCAGCGCUUUGCUCCAAGAGAUCGUCAACAUUUAUCCGGCGAUAACGCCGCCAACCAUGACGGCGCAUCAGUCCAAUCGUGUGUGCAACGCCCUGGCCCUGCUGCAGUGCGUGGCCUCGCACCCGGAGACGCGCUCCGCCUUCCUUGCGGCCCAGAUACCGCUCUACUUGUACCCCUUCCUGUCGACCAGCUCCAAGACCAGGCCCUUCGAGUACCUACGCCUCACCAGCCUGGGCGUGAUUGGAGCGCUGGUAAAGACCGACGAGCAGGAGGUGAUCACGUUCCUACUGACCACUGAGAUCGUGCCCCUCUGCCUCAGUAUCAUGGACAGCGGCUCAGAGCUGAGCAAGACCGUGGCCACGUUCAUCAUCCAGAAAAUACUGCUCGACGAAUCGGGUCUGUCGUACAUUUGCCAGACCUACGAACGCUUCUCGCAUGUGGCCAUCACCCUGGGCAAAAUGGUCAUUCAGCUCUCGAAGGACCCGUGCGCCCGCUUGUUGAAGCACGUUGUGCGUUGCUAUCUUCGCCUCUCGGACAAUACUCGCGCUCGCAAGGCUCUGGGCCAGUGUCUGCCCGAUCAGCUGCGCGACGGCACCUUUGCCUUGUGCCUGCAGGACGACAAGACCACCAAACAAUGGCUGCAGAUGCUCCUGAAGAACUUGGAGCUGGGCGCCAAUCCGCAACAGAUUGGGAUGUCGCCGUUGGGUUCCUAGAUCCCCCCAGCCCUCCAUACAUUUGCGCUUUUCUCAAGUAUUGCCCAGAAAUCCAACGACUGGGAAAGUCUUCAUCAGAAGAUCGCCAGAGUCAGCAACGGAAUCAGAACUGAAAAAAGGAUAGUAUAUAAUAUAGUUAUAUUAAUAUAAGUCUAUCACCUGAUACCAUAUAAAUUACAAGGUAAAUAUAGUAAAACGAACAUGUUA